AUGGCUGAUAGUUCAGGAAUUGCUCCUAAAGAGGCUUUUGAGUUUAUGAGUAGACAAGCUGGUGGUCGUGAGAAUCUUGGGUUUAUACCUAUUGAUCAUAAAAAUUAUUUACGUACUAAGCGAACAAGAAAAAUAAAAUAUGGAGAGACAGGUGGUGUAUUAGAAUAUCUACAAAAAAUGCAAGUAAAUGAUCCUAAUUUCUAUUCUGCUAUACAAGUUGAUGAAGAUGAUUUGAUAACUAACAUUUUCUGGGCUGAUGCAAGGAUGAUGUUAGAUUAUGAUCUGUUCGGCGACGUAGUAUGUUUUGAUACUACUUUCAGGAAAAACAAAGAAGGACGACCCUUUGCCAUGUUCGUCGGAGUGAAUCAUCAUAAACAAUCAAUUAUUUUUGGUGCUGCAUUAUUAUAUGAAUCUGCAGAAACUUUUAUCUGGUUGUUUGAUACUUUUUCCAAAGCUAUGUCUGGAAAAAAGCCAAAAAGUAUUUUCACUGACCAAGACGCAGCAAUGGCUAAAGCAUUAGCUUCACAGUGGCCAGAAUCAUGUCAUCGGUUGUGUAUUUGGCAUAUUUAUCAAAAUGCUGCAAAGCAUCUUAGCCACGUGUUUCAUAAAUUUACCAACUUCGCAACUGAUUUCACAAAUUGUGUCUAUGAUUACGAGGAUGAAGAAGAAUUUACAAAUGCUUGGUUUAAGAUGCUUGAAAAAUACAAUCUCAAUGGAAAUGAUUGGCUAAGAAGAUUAUAUGAUCUAAAGGAAAAAUGGGCACUAGUUUAUGGGCGAGACACCUUUUGUGCUGAAAUAACCACCACUCAACGCAGCGAAAGCUUAAAUAGUCUUGUAAAAAGAUAUGUCAGCUACAAGUAUGAUCUAUUGCGUUUUUUCGAGAAUUUUGAAAGACUAGUGGAUGAUCGUCGUUACGAAGAAAAAAGGAUGGAUUUUAGAGCGAGCCAAAGUACUCCUACAUUAUCAUUUCCAGUAAAAAUUUUGAAGCAUGCAGCAAGUGUUUAUACACCAGCAGUAUUCAAGUUGUUCCAGAUACAACUAUGUAGAGCUCAUGAUUGUUCCUUUAGCUGCUUUAACGAUGGUGAAAGUGAAACAUUAAGUAAAUAUAAAGUUAUUCCACAUGGGAAAAAAUACCACCGCACAGUCAUUUAUGACUCGAAAAAUAAUAAUGUUUCAUGCAGCUGCAGGAAAUUUGAAUUUGCUGGUUACUUGUGCUCACAUGCUUUAAAAAUCCUUUGUGUAAAGGAUAUUAAGAGCAUUCCUGAUCAGUAUAUUUUGAAGAGAUGGACAAAAGAUAUUAAGUGCGUUAGCACGAAAAUCGGUUCAAAUCUUCAUGAAAAAAGAGAGUCAAGGGAAAAUGUCGUAAGGAGAUAUAGAGAGUUGUGUAGAUCAUAUAUUCAACUAGCAACAAGGGCAGCUGAGUCUGAAGAGGUAUAUGAAAUUGCCAAACUAGGACUGGAUACCACGUUGAAGGAAGUUGAUGCAAGUUUGAGGGGACUUACAAUUCAGGAAGACCCAAUAAACAAAGACAUCACAUCGGAAACUAGCGAUGACCCAAAGCUAGUUGUCACUGCUAUUCAUAAUAGCUAUCAAGCAGUAAAGGGGAUUAAAACAAAAGAGAAGGCAACUGGUACUACUUCCGUUAGGCCAAAAACCGCUUUAGAAAGAGCUACACAACCAAAAAAACCUCGACAGACAGUUUUAGAUCCUCAUGAACACCCAUCUGCACUUCCACAUCAAAUCCAACAGGAACCAAAUUCAUUUACUGGAACCAUGGGAAUAUAUAGCAGUCAAAUGUUGCCGAUGCCGUCAUCGACAUUGAUACCUCAACGUAGUAGCCAUGAGCUACCGAUGCACCUACCCAUGUCUCUGCCUUCGCAUGAUUUCUAUAUGGGAACCAUGCCUACAUUGACGUCUGUACCUAUCUAUAGUAAUCCUAUGUUACAGACAAAUCUACCUUCAAACAAUGUGCCGCAGUGGUAUACGGGAGGUAGUGGAGGCUACAAUACUACAAGCAAUUAUCAACAACAUUCCAAUGGCAUGGUUAACUUCUUACAGGAACAAGUGCAACUACAAACAAGACAAGGCAACGAGCAGUUGAAUAACCUACAUCCCCGCAGCUACCAAUUAGUGAAGGAGCAGGAUAUUGAUGCAAUUAUAUUCUGUCUUUCAAUUAAUAAGAUAAUUUAG